AUGAGGAGAGGCGGGAGGAACGGAGGCUGCCUGAAGGCCCCCUUGGCUCACACGCUGGCGCUUUUGUUGCUCGCCGCCCGCGCUGUCAGCGGGGGUUCGGACGAGCUCCUGGACGCGCUCGCGAACAGCACGGGCGCGGUUUUCCAGCACAUCGACGAGGCCUACUCGUUCCUGGGGUGCGUGGGGCAGGAGACGGAGCGGUGCCGGGACCUGUACGAGCAGAAGCAGGCGGCGCAGACGGUGGCCGCGGCCGUCGGCGGCGCCGUUCUGGACCAGAGCGGCUGGAGGGCGCUGGUGGAGGCCGCGGGGCGCAUGCCGGCUCUGGACGGGAGCGACGACAUCGACGACGAGCUCGAGGCGACGGUGCUGAGCCAGGGGGUGACGGUGGACCACCUGGUGCGCUGGGUCUCCGAGGCAACGGGCGAGGCCGUGGGGUACGAGUACUUCUUGGACGACGAUUACGACAGGCGGCUUUCAGCGACCUGGCAGGGGGUGCAGGUGGCAUUGGGAAGGCCGUGGCCUGACCGUCUCGUCCACUGGACGUUCCAUCCGGACUUGGGCUCUUGGGCGCGGUCGGUGCUUCUGAGCGCGAUGAAGGAGCUAGAGACGAAGACCUGCGUGCGCUUCCAGGAGCACGCGUAUGGAUCUGCGCACCUGGUGACCCUGGCGCACAUCGAAAUGACCGACAGCGAAGCGGGCUGCUGGGCAACGAUCGGGUACAGGGGUGAGGCGCGGCUGAACCUUGGCUUCGGGUGCGCCUUCCACAGCAUCGCGUUGCACGAGCUGCUGCACACGCUGGGACAGGCGCACGAGCACAGCCGGAAGGAUCGGGAUCACUUCGUCGAGGUGAAAUGGGAAAAUAUCAUGACCGGCAUGGAGCACAACUACAAUAUCUAUCAAGCCGCGUACACAGCAGGGCCAUACGACUACGCGUCCUUGAUGCACUACCCGCGCUUCGCGUUCAGCAAGAACCAAUGGACAAUGGACCCGGCGAUCAGCUGGACCCUCGGAGCAUUAUCGUCAUUGGGCUUUGAUGCAGCAAGCGACGAGACAGUCAGAGCGAAGAAUCCGAAGUUCCAGAACGACAUCGGCACAGGAUACAAGAUAACGGACCACGACGUCCUCCAGCCGACGACCUCCUGCAUCGGCGGGCUGACCGCGACCUCCUGCUCGUGCUACAGCGACCGGGGCGACUGCCGGGGCGCCUACCUGGCCGAGUCCCGGGUGGGCAGCGACUGCGUGGCGGCCAGCAGGACCGCCCUCUCGCCGUCGCCGACCCGCGCCUACGCCAUCUGCCACAGGUUCGCGUCGCCCCACUACCUCCUGCGCCGCCUCUCCGGCCUCGGCGAGUCCGGCACGGCGUCCGAGUCGUGCCACGGCGACUACAAGCUCCUCGGCUGCAGCUGCAUCUCCAGCGGCGACUACAGCUGCGGCGCCGCUCCCGCGGGGGACACCUGCACGGCCACCGCCUCUGGCGGGGUCUGGGCCUCCGCCAACUGCGUGCACGCGCCCGCCAUCAACGCUUCCCAGGUCGUGGUGGGCGCGGCGGGCACCGAGAGCACCGCCGUGUGCCCUGACGGCAUGGAGCUCACUGGCUGCUCCUGCGGCGGCCUCAACUGCAAGGGGGCCCGGGCCUACGGGGAGGGGCAGAACGCUUGCAGGGCGAAGGCAACGGACUCCCAUCAGGCAACGGCGUACGCGAUCUGCGCGCACCUCCUGGAGUCCGUGGACCUGGCGAUGCCCCGCGCGGAGGGGUUCACGGGCGGAGACGUCGGCGACGUGGCCGGCGCGCUCACGCCGAUCCAGAGCGUCUACUGCGAGGGCAGGACCGGCUGGGACGAGUAUCGAGAGAAGGCGCUCUUCGACUGCGGCAGCAGGGGAUGCAACCAGACGGACCUCGGCCUCGUGUCCGCCGGCACGCCCGUGACGCUCACGGCCUGGGAAGGGCAGGAAGCCCGCUGCCCGCUGGGCUUCCUGGCCGUCAGGUGCGUGAGCGAUUGUGCAGGCGUGGAGAUCCAAUGCGCGGCCCCGAGCCGCGGGGCGCCGUGGUACCUGUCGGGGAACCGCUACGCGUCGCCGUGGUUCGACGGCGAGACCGGGUCUGGGAUGGCCUCCUGCGGUGACGGCCUGGUGGUCGGGGUGGAGUGCCAGGACACAGACCUGGACGGAGCCGUGAUCGACACGCACGGUCACUGCGACCAGCUCCGGCUGUGGUGCCGUGGCAUCGCCAUCGUCACAGGCAGCGAUGGAGAGCGCCACGGCACGUUCGACUUCACCCUGCACUCUGGUGAGUGGUCUGCGUGGGUCUCCAGCACUGGGGCGAUGGAGUGGGUUUUCGAUUUUGACCUGCAUGACGACGAGAGCCUGUUCGCUGACGAGCGCAUGGCACCGCUCCAGCAGAUGCAGUGCGAGGGCCAGUCGUGCGACAACGUGCGUCUCUACAGCGUGCAUGGGUUCGGCACCUUCGCGACGUCUGUGGAGCUGAGUGGCUCACCGAGUGUUUGGACUGUACCGUUCAACGAAGGGGAGAUGGAGUGUCCGAAUGGUCACUACGCCGCAGGGUUGAAGUGCAUGGGAGCUUACUGCGAGUCCAAGAGUUUGUUAUGCGCGACUCCUGCAGGUGACUGGGUGCCGAGUGGCUCCACUUACUAUUCGCACUGCUUCACGCACGCAGGCGAGAUGCCUUGGUGGACGUGGUGGCAGAGCUUUCGGUCUUUUAUGCGCGGCAAGGAGAAGCAGUGUGUGGGCACAAGUGUCGAAGCAAUGCCAGACGCGCAGACUUGCGGAGCAGAUGGCAUCAUUGUUGGCCUCAAGUGUUUCGGAGGAUAUUGUGACCGACUGCAGUUGCUUUGUCGCACGUUGGACGCGAACGUGGACGUCCAAACAGGAAACAUCACCAGCGCGGAGUCCAUUAUAUUCGAGUUGGGUGAGGCGGGUCUCUGGGAAGACAUGUCGAUCUGGGCAGAAAAGCCCGUAGACGGUCAGCCG